GUCAUUUUGUCGUGGCGGUGAAGGGAGGCUUCAUGGCCUAGUUAUACUACUAUUUUCAUGAUCUUAAUCGCUGUAGUGAACUUAUUAGCUAAAAGUAUGUUUUAAAAUAUAAUACUGUGUACCAGACGACCUGAAAAAUGUCUACAGUACUUCUAGCUGUUGUGGCUGUUAUAUUAUGUGUACUAUUUCGUAUACUGAAUGUUAACAGCCAGCCACAGAAACCCGUAAUUUACGGGAGGGAUCGAAGUUUUAUAGAGAAUAUCUUAUUCGUUUCACCUUUCCUUUACGAACCCUACAUCCCAACACGUUUGUGGGGCUUCAGUGGCCAUGUGCAGACUAUCUUGCACAGUCUCAUCGGCCGGGUCCGCUGUCCCUGGCCCAUCGGUGCUCGGAUAUCCCUAGUGCUACCCGAUAAAUCGACGCUCACCUACGAUCUGUAUGAACCUAUGGGAUCUGAACAUGAAGACGACGUGACAGUAGCAAUAUGCCCUGGCAUCGGCAACACAUCGGAGAGCGUGUACAUUCGAACCUACGUCCACUACUCCCAGUGGCACGGCUACCGCUGCGCCGUGCUCAACCACAUAGGCGCGCUUAACAGCGUGCCCGUUACCGGCGCUCGAAUAUUCUCUUACGGUCACACCGACGACUACGCUUACAUGAUAGACAACCUGACAGAGCGCUAUCCUAGCACUAAGCUAAUCCUAGUCGGAUUCAGCCUCGGCGGCAACUUGAUCACGAAGUACUUGGGCGAGGAGCGGAGCAGGCCCACCAACAUCAUAGGUGGCAUCUCCAUAUGUCAGGGAUACAACGCCAUCGACUCUCUAGUGUACUUGCUCCAAUGGCAGAACUUCCGUCGCUUCUACCUAUACGUGAUGACGGACAACUAUCGCAACAUCAUCACGCGUCACAAGCGCAACCUGCUCAGCCCCGAGCUCAAGAGCAAGUACGGCCUCGACGAGAACACGAUCGUGUCCGCCGGCACCCUGCCUGACUUGGACGAGGCCUAUUCUAGAAAAGUGCACGGAUUCGAGUCCGUAGCGGAGCUCUACAAAUGGAGCUCGUCGGCCUUCUACUUACAUAACAUUAAGACCCCAAUGGUGUUCGUGAACGCGCGCGACGACCCCAUAGUACCUGAACCCCUGUUACCUCUCAUCAGAGAAUUUGCUAGCUCCCACGACAAAACAAUGUUCCUAGAGCUUGCCCACGGCGGGCACCUGGGCUUCUACGAGGGCGGCCUCAUAUACGCCAACCCCGUGACGUGGCUCGACCGCGCGCUGGUCGGGCUCGCCGGCGGCCUGCUCAUGGCGCACAACAAGUGCUCCUCCAAGGACUCCAUCCCCGAUAACAUCUCCGACGACGAACCUGACCUCAUAAAGUCAGCUACUAUCGUCUAUAGGGACCCUUUGGAUAAAACACCUGUGAAAUCAUAGAAUACAAUUAUUCCAAGACAAUUUGGCUCGUAGCCAAGCUCAGGUUUUCGAUGUGUUACGUCACGCCGACUAUCAAUUGUUUUAGGCGUGUGAGAAGCUUUUUGAAGGUAUUUACUGUCUAAAGAUAGGUUAAUAUAAGUCGCCAUGGACCAAGUAAACAGAAGCGUGAUAUUAUAUCAACAUUGAGUAGCUUUAGCGAGCCUAAACGAAAGGAGUGAUUUAUGUCGAGAAUAACUAGAACAGUAUUUCUUUUUUGCGGAAGUAUUAUCGUUUAGAAAAGAGAUAAGAUGCCUAAUAAGCAAUCUAUAGUCACUAACUCACUAUAAGAUAAGAUUAUUAUUAUCUCACUGGAGACUGUAGUCACUCUACAAACCACGAGACCCAUAUUAUAUAAAAAUACAAUUCUAAGAUAUUCUGUACUACUUAUGUAUACGUGACGUUCCACGGAAAAAGGUACCUUAUGGCGGCUGGCGCUUACGUCGUAUAGCACCGCAAUAAUAUUGGAGCGGCGUUAAUAAUAGCGAAAGCGCCAACCGCCACAAGGUACCUUUACCCCUGGGACGUCACUAUACGAAGUCUACUGUUUACAGUGUUUACUUAGUCCAUGGUAUUUUGUACGCUAGGUCCGUGCAAUAUGUACAGGGAUGAAACCUGACGUUAGGGUAGUUCUACCAGGGUUUCAAACCGCUUAGCGAUGUGACGAGUCCACUUUUUUUCGAUUCGAAUCAUUCGAAUCGAUUCGGCCACUGAUCCGAGUUGAAAUUCGAACUGACUCGACUCGACGGUUUGCGUGGUUCGCGACAAGGUCACGGGCCGCGGAGCCGCAAACGAGUCAAGCGGCAGUUGUUGUAAACAGUACCUUCAGGACACCGAAUUAAGGUUUAUUUUUCAAUGGCCAUACUACCAGUGAACUCGACUCGGGAUGGCGAAUCAAGCGGCAGUUGUUGUAAAAAGAACCUUCGGGCUAUCGAAUUAAGGUUUAUUUUUGAAUGGCCUUAGCGUAGCGUUGACUCGGCUCGGAGAGUUGGUGAAUUGGCGAUUCAUUCGCCGAGUCAGCGGAUCGGAUACCAAGUUACCAGUCAGUUUAGUGGCCGAGUUGAUUCGGAUUGCCAAUAGUCUUGAUUCGAAUCAACUCAUCUGUAGGUUGAUUCGGAUUAUUCGAAUCAGAUAACUCGACUCGCCCAUCGCUAAAACCGCUCUCAAUUCCUUAGUCGAAUGACCUAUUGUUUCGGAUUACCAUUUUUAUUGAGUUCAUUUGUUUUGUGUCCAGACUUUUUUACGAAAACAAGUGAAAACGGUAAUCGUAACCUACAGGAUAUGGUUAAUAUAUAUAAUAAUGCGACAAGGAAACUAAAAGCGGUGAAAACCCGGGCAGAAGUACGUGAUAGGUAACCAAAUAACCACAUAGAAAUUACUAAAAUAAAAUAAACGAGUCGAAUGAAAUUGUGAGUGUGAUAAACGUGUACCAGUUAUCGUCAAAGUAUUGAUAAAUUCCAUGUAAUGGCAUUUUGCUGAAUAAUCUCAAAUAACCCAUUCCAUACAAAUCGAACUGCAGCGGUUAGCUUGGUUUUCAAUAUUGUGAUAUUUUAUAUAUAGAUGUAGUCAAGCAAAUUUGCAAGUAUAUUAUUAGUGGAGGAAAAAAUGAUGCGAUUUUUUAUACAUAGAUAUACUUUCAAAUACAAUGUGGUGUGCAAUGCAAUGAAUUAUAUUUAUGUUGAGUGUUAGUCUUUUAUAAACGUUUUAACAAAAUUAAUAUGCACAACUUUUAUUUGCGCUAGGUACUUACAAAUGAGAUUUUUAGUGCUUAUUUCCAGCUAUGAGUUUAAUUUUCCGAGUAGGUUUAGGUAUUGACACUUAUCAAAUGGCUGAAAAUUAAUACUGAAUCUAUGGAUAAAGGCAUUUCUUAUUGUCACCUAACUCAAAAUAAUUAUGUUAUUUAUAUUUAAAUUUGAACAUAGUAAUAUUAUUGUAUUUAAAGCACAAAUUAUGCAACGCAGUUUGCAGAAAAUAAAGAGUUACCCCCUUAUUCAUAAAACUUUACAGGCCUGAUUUAGUUAAAUUAUGUUUGCCUUUCUUACAAAUGCAUAAGUCGAAAUGACAGAUAAAGACAAACGAAUAUUUUAGCUAAUAGCUUGUAGGGCGUUUACGAAUAAGGGGGUUAAUAUCGUUCACAACUCCCGCGUUGAUUGCAAUUGCUAAAUAUAUUAACCCUUUACCAGGCCAAGGGAAAUAUUCCACCCACAUCUUAUAUCGGUUACCGUAGUCAGGUUUUAACUCCAAACCACCUACAAAAUAUUUUGUCAAUCCCUGAAAAUAUUAUUUUAUGAUCUUCAUUCACAACACGCUUCUAAAUUGCGUAAUAUAUCUUUGGCAGCCAUUUCAAUUCACUUGAACGCUAAUUUCAGCAAACUACGGAGAAAUUCGAACACUUUCCAUAAUUUCUAUGAAACAGAAGUACAUAGAUCGAACAAUUUUUUGAUAUUUUGUAGAUUUUGAGUGUUGAAAGCAAAUGUAAUCGUAAACAUUGCUAAAUAUUCAUGCAUUAUUGUGUAUGACCAGAAUUAGGAUGUGGGUUGACAUUAUCCCAUGGCCUUAUUAGAGUUUAACUGUGUGGGAGCUAUUUUUCCCAUGGCCCGGUAAAUUGUCUUGUCAUGUCAUAAAAACUCACGUAAGUAAUAAAACAGUUUUUGUGUUCAACCUAGAGCGAAUUCAUGUCUGGGGCCUGGUAAAGGGUUAAUAAUAAAUAUGUAUGAAUCAAUUGAUUACCUGUAAAACAACUGGAAAUGUGGCCUAAAUUAGUAUCCAGUAUAGCAGCUAGGGUUGCCAGAUCGAAAGGCGCUAAUAUCGGGAAACAAUAUACAUUUUUCGGGAUUUUGGGACAUAAGUCGGGAAAAAAAAUACAUUCAAAUUAAAGUAAUUGUAUUAAAAACAACGAUAUUUUACAUUAUUGGCACUACGUCAGCUCGCUCGCUCGACGACAGUUCGGAACUUGAAAUUAUUGUUUUAUAAAGUGAAGCUGUUUUUCGGGACAGUUUACACUUUGUCGGGAAUCGGGAACAUAUGCUAAAAAUCGGGAGAAUCCCGCCAAAUCCCGACCAUCUGGCAACCCUAAUAGCAGCACUUUCAGGGGCAGAUUCUAUUAUAAAUGGCUUAUGAUGUAUCGCUAUGAUUUAAUUACGUCAAUUUUGAAUCCGGCCUUGAAUAAAAAAAAACAAUUGGGGUAGUAGAAUAUGUGUUCAUAUUUGCAGUGUCAUUUUACAUAAAUUGCUAAUACUAGUUAUUUUAUAGCUGGGUGUGUUUCGAGUGUGUAUAACGCCAUGCCAGUGUGUAAGAAGGAUGAAGUCACAUCUCCACAUUCCGUUUUAUUAAUGAUAACAGUAAGACUGUUACCAUUAAUAAAAUCCAUAAUAAUUAGUUUGAAUGUUGAUUCUGAUCGAUUUUUUUUAUGUUCGUGUCAUAAGAAUCACUUCAAUUACGAAAAUUAGUUAACUAAAACUGCCCCUUUUGACCGCCACAACUGUUUUAAGUAAAUUAACACGCAAUAGUAAACUUUAUUAGAAUGUACUAAAGUUCAUUUUGUACUAUAGACUUUGUCGGUUAUGGCGGACUGUGGCGGUCAAAAUGUCGAAUAAAUGCCUGCUCAUUUUAGCGCUUUCCCGAUUGCUUCCCAAAAGAAGCCAGGGUUUCGCUACCAAAAUGUGGAAAAAAUGCAUUCAAGUUUUGCGUCCAUUGUUUAGAUUUUGUGAUACCAAUCAUCUGAUCUCAGUAACUAAGAGUCAAGUGAGUUAUGUUACUUAGAGAGAACCUACACUAGCGUCGUUUGAGCGUUGACGAUGUCUAGUGAGCGCUAUGGAAAAUGGCAGCUGCGCCAACGUUGCGUCGAUCAGCAGCAAUAGAAUUGAGUUGACGUUGACGCUCGGGACGCUAGUAUGGGGUGGCCUUUAUGGUAUGUGUGACACAUCUAUCACGUUAGGAAAAACCAACCUUAGAAUGGCUAGUUUAUGUACGACACGACACUUGGGUUAUAUAAAGUACAAUUUUGAGCUGUGUUAUGAUUAUGACGUAUGGUUUUCUAAAGUUCAAGCCAAGGGUGUAAUAUGAGUAUAAUAACUGCAAAUGAACUUUGUCGUAUUAGUCAGACCGUAAAAAGUCUAUAUGGAUGUCGUAGUAUUUGUAUCAUUUGUAUGGACUCGGCCGCUAUAUGACGGCACCGCUAUCCUAUAUUUAGACCGUAAAAAGUCUGCAGCGAUUUUGAUAGCCCACGCAGUGCAAGUGUCAUUUUAAACGUCUAUGAAAUUAUGAAGUAUAAAUAACACUUACGCUGCGUGGGCUAUCAAAUCCGCUGCAGACUUUUAUUUGUGCGACUAUACACAUUGUCAUUGUAAUUAUAAUUUUACAGGCUAACAGCUUUAGAAAAUUAUAGUUAUAAAAUUUACAAACAAUAAUGUAUGUAGGUGAUAUUAUUUCCCUUUUCAAUAAAUAUGAGUGUCUUAAAUGAUUGAAAAUCAAUAAAUUGUUCGUAUGGAAAAGCUUCUGCUGGUGCUUUUAUGAAACAAUAUGCUAUUUAUAAAAAUGUGUAUGUAUAUAUUUUGUAAUGUUUAUGCGUUGUUACCGUUAUAAUGAAUAAUAUCAACUAAAGUACCUAUUCAUUGCUUUUAAUUUUUUCAACUUACGUAGAGGAUCUACUAGGGCCGAUUUUUUCGACUGAACAACUGCUUAUUUCGAAGAGUUUGACCAACGACUAACAUGUAUCCGAUUUAUCGGUUAAAAUGUCCGUUUAACCUUUUCGCCGCCAUCGACUUGAUAUAAAGUCUAUACACGAUCUUAUUGCCUAUACAUUGAUUUUGAAAUUAUCGGCCCUUGGAGGUAUACGUAGGUAUACAAAUAUGUUAUGUAAAAUUGUUAUUGAGCUAGUCUCCCUAGAUUCGGGAAUUUUAAAGAGAUUAGCCUCCAAAAAAGUCAAUGUAUUGGAGGAUAUCAAUACCUACCAUGGUUCAAUAGAAAUUGGUGAACAUGUAAACAAAACAAUUUAACUUUGGUUCUGCCGUUCUGCGUAAUCACGGACUAGCAAGCGCAGGUCGUCCGUCCAUCUUGUGGGUGGACGUCCUAACGUCCACCCACAAGAUGGACGGACAACCUUGUUAAGGCCACCGGAAGACGCUGGAUGCGGGUCGCUUCCAACCGGUACGAAUGGAGGUCCAAGGGGGAGGCCUAUGUUCAGCAGUGGACGUCUUAUGGCUGAGAUGAUGAUGAUGAUGAUGAAUCACGUACUUUUAAAGUUUUGUCAUUGUUUACUAUUUUGCCGUUUCUAUUGAUGCCAUUAUAGGUAGGUGAUGUCGCUAGUGUCGGUACUUAGCACCAAUCAAAUGUGUAGCUUUCGGGUGAAAGAUAUUACUUUAUCGGUUGUUAUAAAUUCACCCAGGAUAAUUAAAAAUCGACAGUCAACAUAGUGGCACAUUUUACUCGAAAACGACAAAACAUAUUUGCCUUAUGUGACUUAUUUAUUUAUUUAUGUGGUGUACGGAGACAAAGUACAGUCAGCGCUAGAAGUUACUUAGUGGGCGAGGUGUUAAAAAUUUUCAAAAUUAACUGAACACGACUUUAUUGUUUAGAGAAUAAAAAUCUGUGAAGGUCAUUUUAAACAUCACAUUCUUAGCAACUUCUGCUGCUGAAUGUACAAGUUAGGUAUAUCUGCUAGUGAAUUUAUUGGAAUAGGCAACUUGUUACGAACAAAAACCGUUCAAAUAGCGAUUGUAAUGUCUACGCUAGAAGGUUUAAAUUGUAAUAGCAAGGUAGACCUUAGACAUUCCGUGAAAAAAGUACAAUAACAAUUGCAAAUAAAUAACAGUCAGAUAAGUAUAGCCAUUAUGUUCAUACCUAAUAUUGUACACUUUAUUUAUUUAUAUGUAUAACAGGCAUCUCUUGUUGCCUAAAAAUUUGAGAAUUUUAAUAAUUAUGACAUGCACAAUAAUUGUUUAGAUUUUGCCUUCUACGUUGUAAUUGAUGGAGCUUACUGUGUUCAGACACGAAAGUGGUUUGUAACAAAUGUUUAUUUAUUUGUGUGUUUUGAAUGUGAAUAUUACAACAGUAUUGAA